AUGUUGUCAACCCAAAUGCGACGGCCCGCGACGCACUCAGUCCUCGCUUUUCGUCCACUCAGAAGCUCGACGGCUCAGUCACUGAAUACGCCAUGGUCCCGAUUUGCUAGCAGUCGAUCCCAAAAGCCAAACUCGUCAUCACACUGGAUCCGCAAUUCCCUCGGAUUUGCUGUGACAGGAACUGCAGUUUUUAUGGGGUACUCAUACAUGGCUGAUGGUGGAAAGGAGGCUCUGAUGAGUCGCCCGGAGGUUACGAAGAAAGAGCCCGUUGAUGUCAACGAUCUCCAAGCUCAGUUCAUUCAAGAAAAACGAAGCCUGAAAAGUCCCGCCGUCUACACAUGGGGUUCGAAUGUUUAUCGUGUGGUGGAUCCAGGAUCUAAAGAUACUGACAUCAAGACUCCUCGGCGCUUCAAAUACUUUGAUGGCCAGGUGCUGAGAGAUCUCAAGAUCGAGGAAAAGUCCGGUGCCGCAAUCACCGAGAAGGGAGAUCUAGUACAAUGGGGCAAGGCGUUCUCAGAGUCGGAUUUCAAACCCACGGCAACUCUGACCGGCAAGAAUCUUAUUUCACUUGCUCUGUCUGAAAGCCGAAUCAUUGCGCUAUCCUCGGAUGGGACUGUAUACUCGCUACCAACAUCCAAGGACGAGCAAAGCACCGGCCCGAAGACAACGGAAAGCUCUUGGGUUCCUUUCUGGCCCAACCAGUCUAAUAUGAGCUACCGUGUACUGAACCCAUCUUUGAAGCUUGGCGAAAAGGUCACUGCAAUCAGUGGAGGACAGGAGCAUGUGCUGCUCCUCACAAGCUCUGGUCGAGUAUUCUCUGCGGCGUCAUCCACCGAAAAUUACCCUUCGCUUGGUCAACUCGGUGUGGAGGGACUUACCUGGUCCACCAGACCCAAGGGGCCAGCAGAUACCUGCCACGAAGUUACAGCUCUCAAAGACUCCAAAAUUGUUCAGAUUGCCUGUGGUGACUACCACUCACUGGCGCUAAGCAAAGAUGGCCGUAUGUUUGGCUUUGGUGACAACUCAUUUGGUCAAUUGGGCGUGGAUUUUGAACCCCAGAGGCCUUUCAAGGAUGCUCCUUUCCAGAUGAAGGUUCAAAAACUCUAUAGAAGGAACCUCUACCUGCCAAAGGUUACUAGCAUUGCUGCUGGUGGCGCCAACACCUUCUUCUCCGUCGAUGCCAAGCGCAUUCUGGGGUACGAAGAAGAGGCUGCCAAUGUUCAUGAUCUCGGGAAUGUAACUGCAGACACAUGGGCAUGCGGCAGGGGAAUCUGGGGUACUCUCGGCAAUGGCAGAUGGGUUCACCUGCAGGAUUCGCCCACCAAGGUGAAAGCUUUAAGCGGUAUGAGCGAGUAUGACGAGAAAACAAACCAAAUGACCCCUAUUCGCAUUCGGGCCAUGUCUGUCGGCACGACACAUGUCUCUGCGAUCUUGGACAACAAGACCAAUGUCAGCAAGACUACCAAGGACUCUUUGGAUCAAUCCAAAGACUGGGGCUAUGAUGUACUCUGGUGGGGAGGCAACGAGCAUUUGCAACUGGGAACAGGAAAGCGAAGCAACCAGGCCAAGCCAACCUACAUCAACGCACCCCCCGAAAACAAAACCCAGGCCGAGGCGCGCUUACAGAUCAUGCCUCGCCACAAGGGCAAGGUCGGGAAUCGCAAUGUGAGCAUGGAGCAGCGUGUUGAAUGUGGGCGCCAUGUCUCUGCCAUUUAUUCUGCAGUCUAA